CUCUUUCUCUGAUUUUUGUUAUUUAAGCUUUAUAAACCAUUAAUCUGAUCAGUAGACUUCAGUAUUGGGUGUAUUCUCUUGAAUUUGUGUGAAAAAAACCAAGAAACUAUUGACCCUUUGUAUGAAAUACUCGUUUGGAUCACUUCUUUGUGCAUAUGUGUUUGUGAAAAAAAUCUUCAGGAAAAAAAUCGAAAUGUUCGAAUUGUCAUUUGUUUGUGCUCUGUUUUAUCCUCAAAAUUAGAGAUUCUUCACUUGUCAAAUAAUGGGUGAAGUUCCUUCUUUGUUUACCUUGUGCAUGGAUGCAAUUAGAAAAGAAAUUGUUCAAGGGAAUGAUCUUCUGCCAUACAUAUAUGGACUACCGUCGGACUUGUUUGAUGGCUUGUUGAUGCACUUACCCCCAUUGGCCUUGCAAAUGAUACAGGAAGAAAUGCUAUUGAAUAACUGGGAUGACCAUGAAUCUGCCAGUGAUUGCAUUAAAAAUCGUCGAAAACGUAAAAGAUAUCUGAAUUUUGAGACAGCAUGGAGGACAUUAUAUAAGUCACGUUGGCCCAGUCUUGUCCAGCAGAACCAACCAGUGAAUUGGUUGGCAAAACAGGAUGCAGCAAAUUGUGAAUUGACAGAUGACUGGCAGCAGAUGUACUGGGAAACACAUCUACAGAAUUGCCUAGAUGGAGCAGCAGAGGUAGCUUUACUACCAUCUUUCGAUGGAUGUAUUGGCGAAUUAGAAAUUUCAGAUGUCAUAACAAAAUCUAUUGGUUACGAGGUGCACAUGAAUCAUUCAACAUGUGACUACUCAAAGUUGUCUACUCAUUGCCAAAAGUUUGGGUUGUAUGCAAGAUUUCUGAGACUUCAAAAUGUGCUUUGCACUGCAGAAAUUUGUCAUUUGUUUAGGAACAGUAAGUUGCAAGGACUGGAAUUGCGGUGGAUCAAGUCGAAAGAGCAUGUUGAGGGAUUAUGCGAACUUCUGAACCAGAACAGUGAAUCAUUAACAUCACUUAAGUUCAUUCAUUGCAAGCUCUCUUCAACUUUUGUGGAUGCAAUUUGUGAUUCACUAUGCAUCAAGGGUCUUCAAACACAUGGAAUACAGCACUUCUCAAUCAAGACAUCAAGCUUUCUUGAAACUAAUCCAUUAUCAUUUCCUGUUGGACUAGCAUCUUUUUUGGCAUCGGGAAGGUCUCUGUCGUCGUUAAGUUUCUGUGAUGACUGCCUUGGGCAAAAGUUUGCAAAAAUGGUCUUUAAUACCCUACUUGAUGCAUCGGCUAGACUAACCAUCCUCGAUCUUUCUGAAAACAAUAUUUCCGGCUGGCUUUCUCAUUUAAAAUGGAGAUCCUCAAGUUGCUCCCAGUUUUCUUUAGAAACAAGCAAGUCAUUGCAGUCAUUGCGUGUGCUCAAUCUAAGGGGAAAUAAUUUAUGCAAAGAUGAUGUUGACAGUCUUAAAUAUGCUCUGGUUCAUAUGCCAAAUUUGGAGAUUCUGGAUAUAAGUGACAAUCCAAUUGAAGAUGAUGGAAUCAGGAGUUUAAUCCCCUGCUUUGUUGAGAUGUCUGAAAGACACUUCCACUUGGCUGAUUUGAAAUUGGAAAACUGUGACCUUUCUUGCAAUGGAGUGAGUCAACUUUUAGAAGUUCUCUCAACCUUAAGCAAACCUUUGAAUUCUCUUUCUAUUAGAGAUAAUGACCUUGGCAGCAAAGUGGGGGCAUCUUUGGCAAAAUAUUUGGGAACAGGUAUUCAAGCCCUUGAUAUUGAAGAUAUUGGACUUGGUUCAUCUGGCUUUCUCAAAGUACAGAAAGAAAUUAUUAUGGAGUUGAAGCUUGUCUACAUCAAUAUAAGCAAAAAUCGUGGUGGGAUUGAAACGGCAAAGUUUGUGUCCAAGCUCAUUUCAUGUGCUCCAGAGCUUAUUGCAAUCGAUGCUGGGUAUAAUUUUAUGCCUGUGGAAUCAUUGUCAGACAUAUGCUCUGCCUUGAAAGUUGCAAAAGGGAAACUUGAGCAUCUGGAUUUGACGGGAAAUGCUUGGUGUGAUCAAUCUAUUGAUGCUGCUAUGUUGGCUGGAUUUCAAAUCAAUGGAAAACCCAUUUUGGUGCUUCCGUCAAUGCCUCCCUCAAAUGCACCAUAUGAUGAUGACCCUUAGAAACAAUUAAUCCACCGAGAUACGCGGCAAAAUUUAUCUUGUCAAGUCGCUGAGGUAAUGCAGGUGUUUGCAACGAAUGUCUGGGUAACAAAUUUGUUGUAUCAUUUUCUUUCGCUAUAUCAGGUUUGUAUCAUUAUUUACUUUGUAAUUUUGUCAAUUCAUGGUGUCUGUUAGCAAGGUUGGUUUAAAUAUUAGUUGGAGGCUUUUUUAGUAAUAUUUUCUUCACAAUUUGUAUAUCUAUAUUUAGUUAAGAAAUCUGAUCUGUAUUCUUUUUUUUCUUGGUAUGAACUUUCCUGUAGUGUAGAACAGGAAUUGUCCAUUUCAUUCAGUAGUCAAUAGAUUCAGUAAAGUCGUAGCUUAAUACUUCACCGUUAUGCUGUGUUUAUGUUCAGUUACAUAUUAAAUUGGUUUUGAAGUCA